CAGAGCAAGGGGGGAAGAGCGAGUCGAGUGACAGGCAGGAAGGAUCCCAGUUAGCCUAGUUAGGUCUCGAUAUUUGCCAUGCUGUGUGAGCUAUUGUUUUUACACCCCUCUAGAUAUGAGCUAGCCAGUAAUAAUCAUUCCACUGACGAGGCCUGCGACUCACUACAUCAGACGUUUAGGACCGAAACCGCGUAGGAAGAAAAGGAAAAGGGGUAGCUUCUGGCCGGGAGAGCCGAAGACCACAUCGCCGGCUUCCGGGGAUUCAGGGCAGCAUCGAGAAACGGCAGACGGCGGUCUUCGGAAGGGGGAGCAUCAAUAUAUAAUUUGGAUAAACAACCACUACUGCAGUGGAACCCUAAACAUGUCAAGAAAGGUCCACAGAACCGAAGUAUGUGCCGACUGCAGUGCACCAGAUCCGGGCUGGACCAGCAUCAACAGGGGUGUUCUGAUCUGUGACGAGUGCUGCUCUGUGCACCGCAGCCUGGGACGCCACAUCUCCAUCGUCAAGCACCUGCGGCACAGCGGCUGGCCCCCUGCACUGCUGCAGAUGGUGCAGAACCUGGCCAGUAAUGGAGCUAACUCGAUUUGGGAGCACUCCCUGCUUGACCCAGCGCAGGUGCAGAGCGGCCGCAGGAAACCCAACCCACAGGACAAAGUCCACCCCACCAAGUCCGAGUUCAUCCGCGCCAAGUACCAGAUGCUAUCCUUCGUCCACAAGCUGCCGUGCCGCGAUGACGACGGUGUUACCACCAAGGACCUCAGUAAGCAACUGCACUCCAGUGUGAGGACGGGGAGUCUAGAGACAUGUCUACGGCUGCUGUCCCUGGGAGCACAGGCCAACUUCUUCCACCCGGAGAAGGGCACCACUCCACUCCACGUGGCAGCCAAGGCAGGCCAGGUUCUGCAGGCAGAGCUGCUGGUCGUGUACGGAGCCGACCCCGGAGCUCUGGACAUCAAUGGACGCACACCCAUGGACUACGCCAGGCAAGCGGGCCAGGUGGAGCUGGCAGAGCGGCUGGUUGAGUGUCAGUACGAGCUCACAGACAGGCUGGCCUUCUACCUGUGUGGCCGACGCCCUGAUCACAAGAAUGGGCAUUAUAUCAUUCCUCAGAUGGCUGACAGAGCUCGCCCUAAGUGUCCGACACAGAGCCUGGACCUCUCAGAACUGGCCAAGGCAGCUAAGAAGAAGCUCCAAGCGCUGAACAAUCGAUUGUUUGAAGAGCUUGCCAUGGAUGUGUAUGACGAAGUGGACCGCAGGGAGAACGAUGCAGUGUGGCUAACGACUCAGAACCACAGUACUCUGGUGACGGAGCGCAGCGCGGUGCCCUUCCUGCCUGUCAACCCCGAAUACUCAGCCACACGCAACCAGGGUAGACAGAAGUUAGCCCGUUUUAACGCUCGUGAGUUCGCAACGCUGAUCAUCGACAUCCUGAGUGACGCCAAGAGGAGACAACAAGGGAAAGGCCUGAGCAGCCCUACUGACUCUAGUCUGGACCUGGGGGCCGACGACGACCAGCAUGACUACGACAGCGUAGCGUCGGACGAGGACACGGACAGCGAGCUGACCACUCAGAACAACAACAACGCGCAGCGCAACAACCGGGCCAAGAGCAUGGACUCGUCAGACCUGUCGGACGGGCCCAUCACUCUGCAGGAGUACCUGGAGGUUAAGAAGGCCCUGGCCUCCUCCGAGGCUAAAGUCCAGCAGCUGAUGAAGGUCAACAACAACCUGAGUGAAGAGCUGCGCCGGCUGCAGAAAGAGAUCUCGCGGAUGCAGACGGAGAACAGUGCGUUGCGGGGGGGCCAGGUCGGAGGAGGAGGGGGAGCUGGCGGUUUGGGAGGCGGGGGAGGAGGCAGCCCUGCACAUUGGCCAGGGGGGGUGCGAGGCGGGGGAGGUAGGGGAGGGGACCACUCCAGCCUAGCUGUGUCCACAGCUGUGCCUUCCCACCGGAGGGACAGACAGGCUUUCUCUAUGUACGAGCCAGGGGCCGCCACCCCCAAACCCCACUCCCACUCCCCAGGCCUGGACUCCCUCACGGGCCGCCUGCAGUCUCUGCACCCCAGUGUGAGGAAGGGCGGUCCUGGCGGUCCAACACCCUAUGGAGGGUCGCACCUCUCUGGCUCCAUGGAGAUGGGGAGAUACAUGGGUCCUAAAGGAGAGAAGCACGGCAGUGGCACUGAUAGUGACUAUGACAACACUCAGAUGUAUGAGCUGUCGCUAAGUAGGGGGCGCAGCAGUGAAGAGGAGGGCCGGGGGGAUUCGGAGGAGUGGGGUGGGGGUGAAGGGGGUGAGCCGGACCCGACCCUGCCCUGCACCGAAGACGUCAUCCUCAAGACGGAGCAGGUGACCAAAAACAUCCAGGAGCUUCUGAGGGCCGCACAAGAGUUCAAACACGACAGUUUUGUUCCAUGCUCUGAGAAGAUCCACUCUGCUGUCACUGAAAUGGCCUCUCUCUUUCCCAAGCGGCCUGCCCUAGAUGCUGUGCACUGCUCCCUGCGCCUCCUGGCGUCCAGCGCCUCCCGCCUCCAGGUGGAGUGUCGCAAGGCGGCUCCCUCGGACCCCUCAGCCCCCGCCGUCGACUACCAGCUGCUCACCCAGCAGGUCAUCCAGUGCGCCUAUGACAUCGCCAAGGCUGCCAAGCAGCUGGUCACCAUCACCACCCGCGAGAAGAAACAGUGACGGGGGUAGAGAGGGGACGGACAGGGGAGUGGCGAGGGGAGCUGCAAGACUGACAGAGGGAGGGGAGAGGGAGCAAGAGAGGGAUGGAGGUAGCCUCGAAUUCCAAGCUUCCUAGUCAAGUGAUGAACGUGACUUGGAAGGUUGGCAUCGCAAGGGAGAGCGAAAUACCAGCCAACGGGAGAAGCUAUAUUGGCUGCAGACCGAAAAGAAGAUCUCUGAGGAUGAAUAAAGAUGAAAUGAGAGGAAUUGAAGGUAGGGAAUGAAGAGCGUGGAAAGACCAGGUGGUAAUAUUAUGACAAUAGAACGAAGCUGAGAAAUGCCUCAGCUCUCGCUACUAUACCUGAGUGGACUGAGAGAGUGCAGUUCUGCGGGGGAGGGGACUCUGAAGAGGAGUGUGGACCAUUGAGACAGUAAUCGCAUGUGGGGGAUGGACAUGGCACAGAACAACAGCGGCUCAGCUCUCAUUAUCUCACUAUGAUCUCACUCCGUUGUUCCUUUUGGGGGGGAACACCCCUCUGUGCAGCGCCUCAAACCCUCAUGAGACCGAGGUAGGCUGGGCCCGGAGCUGGGGCCAGUCAUUGUGGCCUACAAGGGGGCCAGGCCUUGGAAGAGAGACACACUGCUCUACCCCUCUGUCCCUCUGACACCGCCUCCUCUGUAGUCCCUUGCUACUCCCUCAGACACCCUGGUACACUACAGCAUGUCUUGGCAUCGUGGACAGACGACUAGGUGAUGUUUUAUUGUUUAUGUAUUUUUGUUUGUUUAUUUUUUUCUAUGCCAAUCCGUUGGCCUGUACCUCUGGGGACAAGAAUUACUGACUUAAGAAAAAAAACACUUACACUGGAAUAAUUGUGAUAAUUAUUAUUAUUAUGCCCAUUGUUUUGUAUUAUUAUUAUUGUCAUGAAUUACAUUAUCAUGUAUGUUUGCUUAUUUUGACGUUGUUUCAUGUAUGAUGGUUCCUGUUCAGAGGACCAGGGAGAGCUGUGAGAAUACUCACUUGCCUUCUGUCUGGCUGGGACUGGACACACACACACACACUAACUUGUGAAAUGGUCCUCAAACACUUCUGGAGCAGUCCAAUUCCUCCCGGGUGGCAUUUCAGUCAUUUUAUUUCUUCUGCCUGUCAUCUUCUAAUAUGUCAGGAGCCAAGGUGUUGAACAGAUGCCAAAGGGGAAGGUAUAUAAUCUGCUAUCAGUGGAAAAAGCCUUGGAAGUGGCAUGAUAUAUAUUAUUGCAGCCAUUGGCUGCUUCAGUCGCUAGACAAAGCUCAUCUCAAUGGCACUACAGUGGGAUCCAUACAAAGUUCGCUCUUCAACAUAUGCCAACUCGAAGCAGACGAGCUAGAUUGGGAACAAAUGUUUUGUGGAAACGACAAACUGCACUUGCUGUAGGUUUGUGGGGGCACUGGGGAACGUUUCCCUGUUUUCUUUAUACUGUGCUAAACAAAGUAACGGUCACACCUAGCUAAGUGACACAGGCUGACCAUGGCACUCCAUGUAUUUAGUUUGAUUUCUUAGCUUCAAGGACUUCGGUGAUCGUCUGUCAGACGGCUCUGGGUCAUGUUAAUUAGGAACUAAACGGAUGAAAAUGAGCUGAAACAGGGAGGGACUACUUGGACCCACACACACAUGGCUUGUGUGAUCCUGGACACCUUGAAGCUCUUCCAUGUUCACUUAUCCACAGGGUCCCGUCGUUUCACUAUCCGCCUGACUGUGUGAUCGAUAUUUGAUGAACCUGUAGGGGAUGAGAUCUUUGAUCUUUUCCCAGUCGAAUCAUGUCCAAAAGAUUGUCAUAUGCAACGUUCCAAUCAUGAUUGCCUUUGCACAUGUCCUGCUAGACUGGCUUAAUACGUAGUGAUGUUGUAGCUCUUUGGGUUCUCUCCGUUGAUUUAUUUAUCGCCAGCUCUUACACACACAUACUGGGCCAGUUUAAAAUACUUUCUUCCCCAUUACAAUGUCCUCCUUUUACCUCUCAGUCAACCUGUUUAUAGAAUAGAGGCUUAUAUAUAAACAUAUUUUCAUGCUAUUUUUUUUUUAAGCUAUAUGUUCAUAUUGUGCUUGGGAGGUCAGAGCUAUUUACCCACGGUGUGUUCCAGGUGUGUGAGGGGUACGUGAAUAGGGUCUGAAGUCUGCCACUGGUUAGAACUAAACUCAUCUCAAGUCUGAGGGGAAAGGGCUGUUUCACAAUGCUAUGCCUUUCCCCCAUCUUAAUGGACACUUUAGUAUAGGGUCCCUUUUUAGUGGGAAUGUUAGACACACACAUGCAUCCCGCAUGCCAUGCACAGCGAACACACACUCAUGUUGUUCGGACAGUGGCAUUGUGCCCCGUGCUGUUUUCUGUGUAUCAUACACCUCUUUACCUGGGAGAUCAGUGAUGGGAGAAUAUCUUUUAACACAGGCAAAAACUGUAAAGAGUAGAACAUUUAAAAAAAUAAAAUGUCAAUCGUAAUGAAAUCUCAUAAUCUGUACAUUUCUAAUAAACUAAAAAACAAGUGAAUUGUCCUAAA